AUGCUUGUCUCAACUCGAAGUACUUUUCUAGUUCGAAGGGCUGUGGGAUCCGGCGUGCUCGUUCCCAGGAGACAUUAUACUAUCUCAACGGAUGAAGAUAGCCCCAUUAAAAUCACUAAUGAAAAUGCUGAUUUUGGUAAGAUUGCAAUUUUAUCAUUCAAUCGGCCAAAAGCUAAGCAUUCAAUUUCCAAAGGAUUGCUCGACGAACUACACACCUAUAUCAAGUCGUUGGCAACAAAAGACCCUGCCUUAGCAGAGGUUCGGGCGCUUAUCUUGACGUCUACAACCUCGGAUGCAUUCUGUGCUGGAGCAGACCUCAAAGAACGCAGAACGUUCACUCAGCAUGACACUGAUUCUUUCCUUCAUAAGCUCAAUGGUACCCUCACUAUGAUUGAAGAAUUACAUAUUCCCACCAUUUCUGCGAUUGACGGUAUUGCUCUUGGGGGCGGUCUUGAGGUCGCAUUAUCUACAGAUUUUCGAGUUCUUGGUUCGAACGCCUUGGUUGGUCUUCCUGAGACUAGACUAGCCAUCGUCCCUGGUGCUGGUGGCACAGUCCGGCUGCCACGGGUCAUUGGGUACUCACGUGCUCUUGACCUGAUUCUUACAGGCCGCCGAGUGGAACCGGCUGAGGCUCUUCAGCUCGGUCUUGCCAAUAGGGUAGCCACUACUGGAGCAUUAGACGAAGCUAUUACGUUUGCAAGGACCAUCUGCGCCGGAGGACCCCUAGCCAUUCUUGCGGCCAAGUCUGCUGUACGUGGAGCUUCCCCUGAAUGGGAAAAAGUUGCUUACAAGGAUGUAGUCAGGUCAAAAGACAAGUUCGAGGCGCUUGAUGCCUUCGCUAAUAAGCGGAAGCCAGUAUUUAAAGGAGAAUAG